AUGCGAAUGGCAACAAGUCAGCCGGAAAUGAGUGCACCAUCUACAUCAAAAGGGAUGUUCGCAUGGAUGCUUCCUAUUUAUACAGUAGGAGUAGUUGCCUUCCUCAUCUAUACACUUGUUAAAUCAAAGAAAAAGAGACGAAGCAGAAGCAAACACCACUACUCAUCGACGGAAAGCGAAACCGAUGAUUAUGCUCAAACGGAAGGACGCACUAGCAUAGGCCACCGGAAACUGAAAGGGCUUCAGGAGCGCCUUAGGCAGACCGAAUUGGCAAUGGAAAAGAUUUUAGAACAGCUCAAUACAAUUUCUGCAGAGAAUGCUACUGCGAAUGUCGCAAAGGAGGACUUGACAAAUGAAGCCGAUCAAACGGAAGCAUCGAAGCAGCAGUCGUCACUUCAAGACGGAAAAACAGAACAAUAUCUACGUGACCUCGAAAAGGCUAGCACAUUUAUCAUCUUGGAGAAGUUCUUCCAGACGCUACCACGAACGAUGUGUGGGUGGAGUUGA